AUGGUUUACGAAAAUACAGAAAUCAAAGGCAUUACCAGUGAAAAUUCAAUUGGUUUGAAGAUGUCACUCAAUUUUCGGGGAGUAUCACCAGAAGAUUGUUAUUAUAGCGCAGAUGAAGAUAUUCAAUAUGAAAAUGAUAAUAUUAAUGGUCCGUUAAAGUGUGUCCAACGUUUUUCAUCUCCUUUAAAGAAUAUAACUGAAACUUCUAGUAAUAGAUCAUCUUCAAUUGGAAAAGAUUCAAUACCUACUGAUCUAACUCCAUGUUUAUUUGAAGAGAUUUAUAGUAUGGAAUCUAAUAAUCCAGAUAAGAAGACAGAUUUUGGAAUACUACAGGAAAUACAAGAAAACUGUCAGAAUUCACAAUUAGAGAUGGAAGAGAAUAUUAUGACGUAUAGUGAUAAUGCUAAUUAUUACAGGAAUCAGAAAAUUAAACAAUCAACCAGAUUGGGAUAUAAGAAUAUUGUAACAAAUAAUCAAUUAUCAUCAUGUACGCCAACUCCUUUACAUAUUGCUUGUAAAAAUGGUAAUGUUUCUUUGGUUAGGGAGAUUUUACUAUUAAAUGAUACAGAUGUUAAUUACAGUGGUCCUAUGGGUUAUUCAUCACUUCAUUGGGCUGCAUUACGUGGUCACUUAUUAGUUGUUAAGGAACUAUUGAAAUUUAAAGCAAAUCCUAAUGUAAAGACACAUAUGUAUUGUACCCCUUUACAUUUUGCAGCUGCAUAUGGUUAUGAAGAUGUUGUUAUAACCCUUUUGAAUGCUGGGGCAAAUACAGAAUCUGUUAGUAUAAAUGGUAAUACUCCACUCUUGUCAGCUUCAUAUAGAGGUCAUGAGGGAGUUGUAAGGGCUUUACUUAAACAUAAUGCAAAUAGGGUAUGCAAAAAUAAUCAGGGACUAAUGGCUAUUGAUGCUGCUAAAUUACAUGGGCAUUUUGACGUUGUUCAGAUUUUAGAGUCAUGGAGAUGUAUUAAAGGCAAUACUGAUUUGAUAAGUGAUAACAAUAGAUAA